UACAAUUCCCUUCAUCACCCCACAAUAAUAUUAAAAAGAAAAGUACUGUUACAAAAAAAGAAAAAGAAAAAAGAUGCAAAGAUACAACAAUAAUCAUUCAGGAACCAUGUCUAUGUCGCUCAUCAUUCUUAUUCUGUGUUGUGCAUCGUCAACACUAAUAAUUGCCAACUCACAAACAAUCGUCAAAUCCUUGCCGGGUUAUUCGGGCCCUCUCCCUUUCAAGCUAGAAACAGGGUAUAUCGGGGUGGGAGAAGAUGAAGCAGUGCAACUAUUUUACUACUUUGUUGAAUCAGAAGGGAACCCGGAGGAAGAUCCGCUUAUUAUUUGGUUAGCUGGAGGACCCGGUUGCGGCACUCUCCGGGCAUUCUUUUUCGAAAUCGGUCCUAUGCAAAUUCAGUAUGGAAAUUAUAUAAAUGAUGUCCCUGCAUUACAGUUGGACCCGAAUUCAUGGACAAAGGUGGCAAAUGUGAUAUAUUUGGAUGCACCAACGUUAACCGGAUAUUCCUAUACAACAAAUCCAGAUGCUGUGCACUCUAGUGAUACUGAAUCCGCAAUGCAAACUGCCGAAUUUCUACGAAAGUUUGUUAAGAAUCAUCCGAAGUUUUUGAACAAUCCCCUAUAUGUGACUGGAAUUUCUUAUUCUGGUAUUGUUAUUCCAAUAAUUACUGAGGAGUUAUAUAAAGGUAAUGAUGAAGGACUGGAGCCAAAACUAAACAUUCAAGGAUACAUGGGAGGAAACCCGUUGACAGACAAAACUGGUGAUAUUAACUCCAGACUCGAAUAUGCUUAUCGUGUCGCACUUAUAUCUAGUGAGUUAUUUGAGGCGACAAAAAGGGAUUGCAAUGGGGACUAUGCUGAAGCUGACAAUAAUAAUUUGCAAUGCUUGAUGGAUAUUGAUGAAGUCAACAAACGUGUUGGUGACAUCAACAUUCAACAAAUUUUGGAUCCUGAUUGCGAUCCAGCAACCAAUUUGGUUAGAGGCGUGAAUCCUGCUCUAAAGGGUAAUCGAAGAACACUACGGGCAAAUAAUCGAAUUCAAAUGCAACCUGCCCAAUCUAUGCUCCAAGAUAAUGUUUUUUGUCGAGGUGCGUACUAUGACUAUGCAACCCUUUGGGCCAAUGAUGUCAAUGUCAUGAAAGCACUUGGAGUACGUGAGGGAACUGUGAAGGAAUGGUUGUUAUGUAAUUUGGACAUGAAGUACAACUAUGGUAAACCGUCAAUGCCACAGUACAAAUUUAAUGUCCGAAGUAGUAUUGCCUACCAUGAAAGGUUAACAAAGAGAAAGUGUCGAGCUUUGAUCUUUAGUGGAGAUCAUGACAUGAUGGUUCCGCAUGUGGGCACACGAAAUUGGAUAAAUUCUCUUAAUUUGACGGUUACAGAUAGUAAUUGGGACGCAUGGUACACUAAUGGUCAAGAUGCAGGAUACAAAACCUCAUACGAACGUGAUAACUAUUCCUUAGUGUUCGCUACUGUAAAGGGAGCAGGUCAUACAGCUCCAGAAUUCAAGCCACAAGAAUGUUUUGAGAUGGUUAAAAGGUGGUUUGCUCAUAGACCUAUCUAAUUAAACCAAUGUCUUAAUUAGCAUCUAUGGUUCAUGUCACUCAAACCAAGUUUCCAACUAGCUAGGCCGGGUAGCUUGUCCUUUAGACUUUCGCUGUGAUUAUAAUGAAUUUGUCAUCACAACGUUGUAUGGAGAAAAAAGUGAGAUGGCCAGUUAAUAUUUAUUGUAGGUUGAUUUUGAAAAUGCAUAGCUAAUUUAUUCUUUGGUGAUCUUCCAUUUGUUGUAUGGUUCUGUACAUUGUACCAAGACAAUCAAAUCAAUAAUUAUGUGUUAUGGUA